AUGUCCGAUGUGGCAAAGUCACCUCGGAAACAGCGACAGGGGUGGGUGCCAAGCUUUGUGCCUUCGGGCUCCGCCGCUGGUCCUCCACGGGCUGACUCGACCUUCAAAAAGAGCAGCACCCCCUCGGGAACCACAAGGGGUGUGAGAUAA